AUGUUAUCGGCCAUAUCUCAAGAGGAUUCACAUUUAAGAUUGUCAGGGUUGAAAUUCCUUGAAAUUGAGCUUAGGGAAGCUUUUUCAAUUUAUAGCGGAGCCAAGGUGGAUUAUGAAAUCAAACAGAAUGAUGAGCUGUUCUUGGCUGGUCUUUAUAAAUCGAUUGACUUUAUUAUUCAGGCCCUACUUUCGUAUUUUGUUGAAGAAGACUCUCCUUCUACUCUCCUGGCGACCCAGUGCUUAAAUUUAAUUUUGUGUCUUCUUAUUACAUUGAAUUCAAAAGACUUCAGCGUUAGAAACUUCUUUGAUGUCAUUGUUGAACAUGGGUUCAAAUCACCUAAUAGCACGGAAUAUAAAUUUUCUCUCUGCAAAGCCUUGCCUGUUAUUUUGGACUCAGAACCAGUAGCAAAUAAAUCAACACUGAAACAUUCUGCAUUUGAACCGCUUCUAAAAUGUCUAGUUGAGCUGGGCUGGUCAGGCAGCGAUUUAUAUACGCACGUUCAACUGGCAUUCUCAUCUGUUCUCGAUAAAAUCGGAUACUCAGCCUUUUGUGAAAUAAUUAAUAAUUGGAAAAAAAAUGAAGAUACCUCUUUUAUCCGAAACCAAGUUGAGUUAGCACUUAAAUGGUCGAACAAUGUCUUUCGUGGGUCAGAUAUUUCCGAAUCUUGUACUCACGAUGAACAACUUACCAUUGAGGAAUAUCGUGAUGAAGAUUAUCAUCUUACCGAAGAUGAAGGAUCUGAUGAAUUAAUUGAUGGCUUAGACUCUGAUCAAAGCGAUAGCCCUGGGGAUGAUGACACUCUAUCUAUAGAGGAUGAUUUUCCCUUUCGUUAUGCUGAUAUAGAAUUUAUGCUGCCAAAAGAAACUUAUGAUUCUGUCUCAUUUUGUUGCCAGUCUUCAUCACUCUUCUUCUCUCCUUUGACGAACCCUGCCAUAGCGCACGCAUCUGUUACGUACGAUCCUAGAAUCGCCCACCAAGGUGCCGAGGCCAUGCGCGAUGCUGUU